UCGUGUCGAGUUUACGUUAAAAAACAACAAAAAAUGGUAAAAGUUAAAGUCGAACAGGGUUUGUUGGAAGGGGAGCAAUUAGAUUUAGUGACAGGAGACGGAAAAUAUUAUAGUUUUAAAGGUGUACCUUAUGCCGAACCGCCAGUUGGACCACUUAGAUUCAAGGCUCCCCAACCACCAAAGCCAUGGAGUGGUAUAAGAAAAGCAACAGAACACGGACCAGUCUGUCCCCAGAAAGACAUGUUCACCCAGCAAUACAUCCCGGGAAGCGAAGACUGUCUAUACUUAAACGUCUACACCAGGGAUCUUAAACCAACCUCACCUUUACCUGUAAUGUUCUUCAUUCAUGGAGGUGCUUACAAGAGCGGUUCAGGCAAUGAGGACAAUUAUGGACCAGAUUUUCUUGUCAAUCAUGAUGUGGUUUUAGUCACAAUUAAUUAUAGGUUUGAGGUUUUGGGUUUUCUCUGUCUUGAUAUUGAAGACGUGCCUGGUAAUGCUGGUUUGAAAGACCAAGUUACUGCUCUUAAGUGGGUGCAGAAAAAUAUUGCACAAUUUGGUGGAGACCCCAAAAAUGUCACUGUCUUUGGAGAAAGUGCCGGAGGAGCAUCUACAGCUCUUCAUGUUUUGUCUCCUAUGUCCAAAGGAUUAUUUAAGAGGGCUAUCUCAAUGAGUGGUGUCCCAAUUUGUGAUUGGGCAACAUCUUUUGAACCAAAAAGACGAGCGUUUGUUUUAGGACAACAACUUGGCUUUGAAACAAAUGAUGCCUCCAAACUUUUUCACUUCUUGCAAAGCGUGCCCGUUGAAAAAUUAGUUGAUGUACAACCUUGUGUAAUUGCAGCUGAAGAACCAUUCAAUAGUCUUCUAAAGUUUGUACCUGUAGUAGAGAAAGAUUUUGGUAAAGAAAAUUUCCUAAGUAUGGACCCAGAAGAAGCGCUUCGAAGAGGACAAAUAAAUGAAGUCGAUGUCAUGAUAGGCUAUACUGAUAAAGAAGGUUUGAUUGCAAUCCCCUUUUUUGAAACUUCUUUACAAUCUUAUAAUAAAUAUCCAGAAAUUCUGGUACCAAGACAUAUUUUUUACAAGAGCUCUCCUGUCAAGGUUUUGGAGCUCGCUGAUAAAAUUAAAAAUCAUUACUUUGGAGACAAACCAAUCACAGUUGAGGAUAUAGAAAAGGCUGUUGUCGUGUUCAGUGCAUCUUAUUUCGUUUACGACAUUACAAAAUACAUAAGACUUCUCCCAAGAACGGGCAAUAGCAAGAGAUAUAUGUACUGUUUCUCAAGUGUCUCAGAAAGGAACAUUUAUGGACAAAUGGGAGCCAAGUUCGGUAUUACAGGAGCGAGCCACUUGGAUGACUUGAUGUAUUUGUUCGAUGCGAAGAAAACAAAAUUGAUGAUAGACAAAAACAGCAAAAGUUAUAAAAUGAUAUUUAAAACGUGUGUCUUGUUUACCAAUUUCGCUAAAUUUGGAAAUCCCACUCCUGACAAGUCUUUAGGGGUGACCUGGCCUGAAUACGAUAAUAUUCAAGAAGAAUAUUUGGAUAUCGGAGAAACCCUUACUCCUGGAAAGAAAUCGUACAAAGAAGACAUUGAUUUCUGGCAAAGCGUGUAUGAAGCGGCUGGAGAGAAAUAGAAAUAGUGGAAAAAGAACGAAUCGCGGAACAUGUAUUAUGUAAUAAAAGCAAAAUCAGUUGUAUAUGUGUAGUUAUUGCUGUCUAUGCAUUUAUGAAUAUGCAUUAUGAAUUUUGAUAUCACUGUUAUCUGUUAUCAUACUAAUGUUAAUUGAGGAUUAAAAUCACUAUUUAAAUUUAUGAUAUAUAAGUUAUCUACCUAUUUGUUAUUACGCAAUACAUAGUGACGACCUUACCAGACCUUAUAUCAUAUUAUGAGGUUAUAUUUUAAUGAGGAUGAAUGACAGAAGAUUCACGAAGAUUUAUAAGGCGAGCGUAAGCGAACAAAUUUUGUAAGGGCCGACCGAGGCGAACUUAACACGAACAAUCGAGGACGUGUUGUAAAGAAAGGUCUAAAGUACCCUUAACCACGAGCGUGAAUGAAAGCAUUGAUGUGUGUUAAUGAGGCGAAAAAUGUGUAUCAGGAUCGUAGAAUGUUGAAGGCUGUUGUCUCUGCGUACCUCCAGGAAAGGGUGUGAAGUGAAUGUACAUAUGUGUACUGCUGGGUCAUGGAAAAACUUCUUUUUUCCCUGUAUUUUUCCACGUUCGAUCGCGACACCUGUCAAAAGUUGAAGACACUGUACUGUGUUAUGAGAAUUUGUGAAAAUAAGCAGCAAGAUUAUUGUCACAAAUUCGUAAAAUAGACAGCAUGGUUCAGAAAAUUACAUUUAGCAAUGUU